CUAGACCUACCAUCGUUCUUCUACAGGGUGCAUUCCAGUUACCCGAGGUCUAUCACGCUUUUGUCAAGCUCAUCGAAGCCCACGGCUUCCCCGUGACACAAGCACCGUAUCCUUCGCUCAAUCAAGCAGACCUGGACUUCAUCUCGAAAGACCUCAACGACGACGCCGCCUCUGCCGAAGCGUGCAUCCGCACACUCGUCGAAGAAGAGGGCAAGACUGUCGUCGUAGUCAUGCACUCCUACGGCGGUCUCGUCGGCGCGGAAGCCGUCUCUGAGGCGCUCACGCUGAAGCACCGCAAGGCGCGCGGCUUACCCGGUGGUGUGGCGCAUUUCUUCUUCCUCGCAGCUUUUGUCAUGGAUAAAGGACAGUCUGUCGCGAAGACUGUGGGCCCGUCGCCUGAUCACGACAUCGUAGAUGGGAGGUUCAUAAUGCGCGAUCCGCUUGCAAAGAUGUACAACGACGUGGCUAGGGUCGAAGCACAGUAUUGGGCGGCCAGAGUCAUUUCACAGAGCGCUGCGGUAAUGGAUACGCAGAUGGAAAUAUGUGCGUGGAAGUAUGUGCCUUCGACGUAUGUGGUUUGCACGAAGGAUGAGGCGGUGCGUCCAGCUGUGCAGGAGAUGUUUGCGGGGCUGGCGGGGUCAGCUGUGAUGAGGGUUGUGGGCGGGCACUCGGCUUUUCUGAGCAAGGCUGAGGAGGUGGUGGGGUUGGUUGGGGAGGUCGCUAGUCAGUCCUUUUAG